AUGGAAAAUAGCACUGUUCCCUUAUACUUUAAUCUGACCAUGUUCAUUAAUAUUGGACAUUACCGCUACCCUGCCUUUGUCGUCUGCCUGCUGAUCUAUUGUUUUAUCAUGUUUGCCAAUGCGGUCCUUAUAACUGUUAUUUCACGUGAGAAAUCCUUACAUGAGCCAAUGUACUUAUUCGUUGCUUGCUUAUCUUUCAAUGCUUUAUAUGGCUCUAUUGGAUUCUUCCCCAGGUUUUUAAUGGACUUACUUUCUGACUCUCACCUCAUCUCACGACCAGCUUGUUUCAUUCAACUGUAUGUCAUUUAUACAUUUGCUGCCUAUGAAUUAACAUUACUGGGAGUCAUGGCGUACGACAGAUAUGCUGCAGUGUGCCAUCCUUUGCACUAUCAUAGGAAAAUGACUAUCAAAACUGUAACUGUUUUGGCAACAAUAGCAUUUGUAUAUCCUGCAUUCUCAAUUUCGGCUUGCCUAUUUCUAUCAAUGAAGCUUCCUCUAUGCGGAAAUAAGAUUCACAAAGUUUUCUGUGCCAACUGGAACAUAGUAAAGUUGUCUUGCAUUUCAACAGUGAGCAAUAACAUUUUAGGCAUGUUUGUUACCAUAACUACUGUCUUUUGUCCGCUUUUCUUUGUUCUGUAUACAUAUUUACGAAUUGUUUUGGUGUGUUGGAAGAGUUCGUCUGAAUUUAAAGGUAAAGUUUUCCAAAAUUGCUUGCCACACAUUGUAUCUUUCGCGACUUAUUCAAUUACAGUGUUUUGUGACGUGUCCCUGAGCCGAUACGAUCUCGAAAAGGUGAACCCGAUUCUAGCAGUCAUCUUGUCACUGGAGUUUGUAGUUAUUACGCCUAUUUUAAAUCCUUUAGUGUAUGGACUGAAGUUACCAGCAAUAAGGAAACAAAUAUCAAGGAUUUUGCUGAUUGAUAAGAUAGUAAUGAAGUAA